AUGAUACCAGAUGUUUUAAAAAAAAUAUUCGAAUAUUUGGACGAUCGAAGCGAGGUUAUAGAAAUUAAAUCUCCAAAAGCGUUCCGUAAUUUAAAAUCUUGUAUACUAGUAAAUAGAGAAUGGUGCAGGAAUGCAGUACCAAUACUAUGGAAACAUCCUUUUCAUAGAUAUUUAAAACAUCGAUCGAAUUCUUUAAUACACACCUUAUUGUUAUGUUUAAGUUAUGAAGAAUUACAAGAUAUUUUCGAUAAUGGAUGUCAUCUGCCAAUUUCACUUUUUGAAAGCAUCGACAAAUUUCAAUCAUCAUCACAAUAUUUCGAUUAUCCGAGUUUUGUAAAAAGUUUAGACUAUUUUCAACUUAUUAAAUUUGUGAAAUCUUGGUGUGAUGAUUAUAUGGGAGGCGAAGGUGAUAAUAGCGAAAAAUAUAUUGUAAUUUUAUUAAGAGCGAUCUUAAAUCAUUUUGCUAAAAGAUCAUCGGGCCUUUCUUCUUUAAACAUUCACAGUAAUGGAGUUGACGAUGACAAGUGUAUGUUGUUACUUGAGCCAAACAUUCAAAAAUUAAUCAAACCAAAUGUGUUAAAAAUUUCAAAUUUGGACGAAACUACAAUUUUAACAGCCAGAAAAUUAGGGGUUCUAAUCGAAUCUCAAAAAGGCUUAAAGAUUUUACAGCUUAUUAGAUGCAAAUUACCUGUAAACGUUUUGAUCCCAUCAGUUUUAAAACAAAGACGAACACUAAAAGAAUUGAAUUUCCGAGGUGUCAAUUUCGAAGGGGUUCAUAAAUUGGACAUCCUAAAGAACUCUAGAUUGGAAAAAUUGAAAAUAAUCGAUUCUUACAACUUGGAUUCCAAUCUUGUUCAAUCGUUGGUAAAUUCAAAUCAUCGAAAAUUAAAAAACGUAGAGGUUUUCAGUUGUAAACCCGAAAAUAUUAAUCAUCAAUUAGAAGAGUGGGCCUAUAAUAUAAAUAAUCGUCGAAAGAGAAGGUUCCUAUAA